GCAUCGGUCGUUUUGGGGACGUUGCUCUGUGCCUUGAGAGCCACGAUGGCAGGGACGACCGGGGUAUCCCCGCUGAGGCGAGCCUCGUCCUCUGUGUCGUCCUCUGGAGCAGGGCCCUCAUCCUCGCGCGCCGGCGGGAUGCGCGCUUCUGAUUCUUCGAGGUCUCCAUCGGCAUCGGAGGACAGCGACGACCGAGGAGGGGUACUGCCCACGCACCUCCGCUGGCCUACUUUUGCCUCUUCCCAAUUCGUACCCUCCCGACAGAGCAGGAGAUCCAGGGCGCACCAGACGCCUUCCGUCGCGAUGCAGCUCAAUUUGCCUGUUCGUGGGAUGAAGAAGAGGCCCUGGGAAGACGAAGAGGGAGACAUCCCUACAACGCCGAUGAAUUCAAAGGGCAAGUCGAAGAGCCCUUCGCGGAAACGAAGGUCGACCUCGAAGGGGAGUAAGGUGGAGGAAGCGAUUGAAUUGAGUAGCUCCGAGGACGACGCCGAGAAGCGACCAAGGACGGAGGAACGAGACAAGGCACGGACUGGCGUGAGGAGACGAAAGCGACGUCUCUUCUUUGAUGAAGAGGAAGAAGAGGAUGAGGAGAUCAUGGUGGAGGAGGAGGAAGGAAACCAAGUGGUCGAUGUCGCUCUGGCGGGCUCGAAUUCGACAGGAAGACCUGGCUUGACAGUUCCAAAGCCAUUGUCAGCGCCAUCGGGAAUCUCAACUUUCACACCACUCAUUCGGCCUCCGCAGCGAUCGAACCAGAGGCUAGGGAAGGAAAAAGGGUUCCAAGCUAAUGGAUCUCUGCCAGGGCAGAGCAAGGAGGGGACAGAGCCAAAGAACACUGCGGUGCUUGGAAAGAAAAAAGGGCAGGAUUUAGAAGGGCAGAGAGGGGACAAUACAUCACAAAUGGACAAGGCAGCAGAAGAGAAGGUGUCAAAGACCGGACGCAAUGGCGAGGCCGAGAGUGAAGACCCUUCACCAUUCGAUGAGAGGUGGCCCGCGAGCGACAACGGCAUUUCGAAGGAGAAGGCAGCAAUUCCCGAGGGCUCGCAUCACGAGCGAGACGAAAGUGGAGCUACGCAAGAGCUUGAGGUCGGUGGCGUACAGGAAGCGAUCUCUGGCGGCCUAUCCUCCUCGGACUCGGCGGUACAGGGAAACAAAGGGACUGCAGUAUCUCCAGCCACGAGCGAUAGCGAGAUGGAGGCAGACCAGGCAAUAGGCCAUUCCUUUGAAGCGCAGCUCGAGAGCCGAAUCGAAGAGAGACUCCGCUCGGCGAUCGACCAGUUGCGUGCAGAGACCCAAAGCAUCAUCGAAGGGUUGAAGAGAGAGCUGCAAGCCGUCAAGCACAAACUCUCAAUGUAAUAUUUGCCCCCAUUAUUGUACUGUACAUUAAUGAAACUGUAGCUUCAUGGUUCAUCCUCUUCCUUCUUUACAUGGUCGUUGUCCCGUCCUGGCUGCGCCGCCUCCUGCUGAUGCGGUUUGUCCUCUUCCUCCUCUUCCAACUUCGUCGUUGGAGCGCCAUCUCCACCUUCUGCCAAGCGUGCCAGCUCGUCUUCCCAGUCCUUUUCCUCCCUUUCCUCUCUCGACAUUCUUCCUUCCUCCCACGCCUCGACGCCCACGUCACCCCUCCUCAGAGCAAGGACUUUACCGAGCUCGAGCUUGGCCUUCUUGCCCCACUCCCCUCCCGUAGAGGGG